UUUCACCAGAGUUAAUAAUUCUUCCCUAGCAAUAAUAAUAAUAAUAAUACUCUCGUUCUAUCUACUCUGUAUUGAUCAAUCGUCCAACAGGAUUCCUUAUGCAUUUACCCCUCCCCCGCGGGUCACGCAUCUGCUGCAAUUUAUCUAGGCUCCAAGUUCCUCAUUCUUCUCUAUCCUCUUCUACUCGUCUAUCAUCAUCCUUUUCUUCCAAUCGCGUCGGCCGCUGUGCCUGUGGUUGUCGCAAUUCCGCCUCGUGCUCCUGUUCCUGCUGUGUUCAUCCAUCCUCUCUAUCCCCUUCAACCAAAGCUACUAGAUCAUUUACUACCACUACUUGGCGCACACUAUCCCGCACAUCACCAUCCAGAAUGGCGCAGGAAUACAAACUCAAGGACAUCUCGUCCCUAGCGGACAUCAAGAACAUGGACAAGGUCGAGUCGGAGGUCGAGGGUGUCGAGGGCGGCAAGGUCCUGGUCCUCCGAUUCAAUGGCCAGGUGCAUGCGAUGAGCCCCAAAUGUACCCAUUACGGAGCUCCACUGAAGCUGGGUGUCGUUGCUCCUGAUGGUCGAAUCACCUGUCCGUGGCAUGGAGCCUGUUUCAAUAUUGGUAGCGGUGAUGUGGAAGAUGCACCUGCCCCCAACGCAUUGAACAAGUUCGAGCUUGUGGAGAAGAACGGCGCGGUCUAUAUCAAGGGUGAGGAGGCCGCGAUCAAAUCCGGACAAAGGGAUCCGGUGUUCAAGUGCAGCCCUUCCACUGAGGAGAAGGUGGUCAUUGUUGGCGGUGGAAGCGGUACGCUCGGCCUCGUCCAGGCCCUCCGUGAACUGAAAUACAAGGGGGCGGUCACAAUCAUCUCUAGAGAACCGAACCUCAUCAUCGACAGGACAAAGUUGUCCAAGGCACUUAUUCCCGAUGCCGAGAAGAUCCAGUGGCGCCCUAAGGAGUGGUACGAGGCCGCCUCCAUCGAGACCAUCUUCGACGAGGUGACCUCCAUCGACUUCAGCAGCAAGUCCGUUAGCACAAAGUCCGGCAAAUCCAUCCCAUACACCAAGCUGGUUCUUGCUACCGGUGGUGUGCCGCGCACACUGCCCAUGGAAGGCUUCAAUGACCUCGGAAACAUCUUCCUGCUGCGCUUCGUGACCGAUGUGCAGAACAUCCUCAAAGCGGUCGGGGACAAGAACAAGAAGAUUGUCAUUGUGGGUAGCUCGUUCAUUGGUAUGGAAGUCGGCAAUGCCCUCUCCAAGGAGAACGAGGUGACCAUCGUCGGCCAAGAAGAAGCCCCCAUGGAGCGCAUCAUGGGCGUCGAAGUCGGCCGCAUCUUCCAGCGCAACCUGGAAAAGAAUGGCGUCAAGUUCAAGAUGUCCACCGGCGUCGAAAAGGCAACCCACUCCGCGACCGAUCCCACCAAGGUCGGCGCCGUCCACCUCAAAGACGGCACGGUGCUCGCUGCCGACCUGGUCAUCCUGGGCGUGGGCGUCCGCCCCGCCACCGAUUUCCUGCAGGACAACCCAGCAGUCCAGCUCGAGAAGGACGGCUCCCUCAAGACGGACGAGUACUUUGCCGUCCCCGGCCUGAACAACGACGUCUUCGCCAUCGGCGACAUCGCCACGUACCCCUACCGCGGGCCCGGCGCAGACCCGGUAAACGGCACUCCCACCCGCAUCGAGCACUGGAACGUCGCGCAGAAUGCAGGCCGCGGCGUCGGCCGCGCCAUCGUCCACGCCCUCAGCACGGGCUCACUGCAGUCCCUGCGCGCCAAGGCGUUCAUCCCCAUCUUCUGGUCCGCCUUGGGUGCGCAGCUGCGCUACUGCGGGAAUGCUCCCAAUGGCUGGGAUGGACUGGUGCUCAAGGGCGAGCCGGAGAAUGCCAAGUUCGCCGCGUACUACUGCAAGGGCGAGACGGUGGUGGCGGUCGCGACGAUGGGUAUGGAUCCUAUUAUGAGCAAGUGCGCUGAGUUGAUGCGGCGGGGGAACAUGCCAUCCAAGUCGCAGAUCGAGAGUGGAGUGGAUGUGUUGGCGGUUGAUGUGCCGCAGGAGGUGACGAUGUAAUCCCUGGUCGAGCAAUUCGUACAUAUGACGGUUGAUCUUUGAACAAUAAUCAGGUGCUUCAAGAUCGUGUAUUGUGUAGGCUCAUCCAACCCAUCUAUCAAGUUCCGAUGCCAGUACGGCUCAGGACGGGCUUUUCUGUAUUUCACUAGCAGAUACCAUGACAACGCU